AUGGCAAAGAAAGGAUCCAAAGCAGCAAACGGUGGUAGAAGAUCUUCCGUGUUGGGUGCAUCCGAUACAGAAAACAAAAACAUUGCCAUCGUCAAUCACAAUGAAGAUAUUGGAAAAUUCAGUGUGAUCCGUUCAUCAGCAGCACAACAAGAGAUAAAGCAAGUGAAAUCUUGGGAGGAAUUAAAGAAGGAAUGCACAAGCUUGGAGGAUAUCCGUAAUACAGUGCGUCGUCUAUCAUUGGAUAAUGUGUUGCCAUUACUCCAGGAAUUAUUAGCUCAAUUCGAUGUACAGCAAGCUCGUGAUGCUGUUUUGACAGAAUGGAUCAAGACUGUGCUUUUGACUCAUACAGCUUAUUUCAUGACACUACCAGAAGUUGUGCAGCGAUUAUCAACACUUUACAAAGAACUGGAUGAUCGUUUAACUGUUUACCCCAAGUUAUUGGCCAUGCAUGGUCGCUUGGAUCUUAUACAAAAUCAAAUCGAUGCUCGUAAUCGUAAAGAUAUCGAAUCAGACGAAGAAUCUGACAUGGAGGAGGUGCCAUACCAAAGUGAAAGUGAUGAUGAUGUCGAUGAAGAUGAGGAUAAUGAAGAAGAUGAUGUGGAUGACGAAGAUGAUCUAAUGGACAUGAAUAAUGAGGAGCUGAAGAUGUUUAAAGAGGAAGAAGACGACUUGAAUACAGAAGAUGAGGAUGAUAACAUUAGCGAUAGUGAUAUAGAAGAGUAA